AUGAGGACUCCGCGGCGCUUGCUGUCGACGCAACCACACCAUGAUCUGCUUUCCAAGGCCACCCGCAACAUUGGCAUCAUCGCCCACAUCGAUGCAGGAAAAACGACAACGACUGAGCGUAUGCUCUACUACAGCGGAGUGACAAGGCGAAUAGGAAACGUCGAUGAAGGCUCGACAGUGACCGACUUCCUCCCCGCGGAACGAGCACGCGGCAUCACCAUUCAAUCCGCAGCCAUCACAUUCCACUGGCCUCCCCUACCACCAAGUACUCAGACUCCGCCCCCACCACCACAGCUACCAGCCUCAUUCGACAAUGUUCUAAGAUCUUCAACAUCCCACAACAUCAAUCUCAUCGACACGCCCGGUCACGCAGACUUUACUUUUGAAGUGUUGCGUUCGCUUCGUGUAUUAGAUGGAGCUGUAUGUAUCCUCGAUGGAGUCGCCGGUGUUGAAGCCCAAACGGAGAAAGUAUGGACGCAAGCUGGACAUUACCAUAUCCCUAGGAUCAUUUUUGUCAACAAGCUGGACCGUGUGGGCGCCGCGUUCUCACGAACAGUUAAAGAGAUAGGCGUCAGACUGCACGGAUGGCCAGCCGUCUGUCAAAUUCCGUGGUGGAAGAAUGGCAAUGGCGACUUUGUUGGAGUCGGUGAUGCUAUUAACUUACGCGGUAUGCUCUGGCAAGCCGGUGGCGAUGGCAGAGACAUUCAAGCUUUCGGGCUGCAAGAUUUGAGCAAGACUGAUGAGAAGUUUGCAGAAGAGAUCAAGAAAGCGAGGAUAGCCCUCGUUGAGAUUUUGAGUGAGCACGACGAUGUCAUGGUUGAGCACUUCUUGGAACACGAUGAAGACCAUCUUGCUAUCUCUGGACUGCAGAUCAUGCAGUCAUUACGCCGAGUCGUAUUACAGGCACCGCAGAAAGUCAUCCCGGUCUUCGCUGGCGCCUCUUUCCGCAACAUCGGCGUUCAACCGCUCCUUGACUCGGUCGUUGAUCUACUCCCCUCACCACUCGAACGACCAGAUCCUGAGAUCAGCAUCUCCAAUCAAAGCAGCACACUAUCAUCUCUUCUCAGCGCCGCAGCGGCAGUACCAACGAAGACCACCAAGCCAUCGAAGAAGCAACAGCAAAAUGAUGGCGAACUAGCUAUCGCAGAAGUCAAGAACCUCAGCGCCUGCGCCCUCGCCUUCAAAGUCGUCAACGACGCCAAACGCGGCGUCCUCGUCUACGUCCGCGUCUACUCCGGCUCCAUCGACCGCGGCGCCACCCUCUACAACACCAACCUCUCCCUCGCCGAACGCGCACCCCGCUUGCUCAAAAUGUACGCCAACGACGCCGUCGAAGUCGACAGCAUCUCCGCCGGCCAAAUCGGCGUAAUAACGGGUCUCAAGCACGCCAGAACCGGAGACACGUUAAUCGUCUACCGCGGCCUCCAAAUGAAAGGCACACCCCCCGGCGGUCUUCACACCCUCCAACUCCGCCCCAUCGCCGUGCCUCCCCCCGUCUUCUUCACCAGCAUCGAACCGAAUAGUCUCAGCGAACAGAAACACGUCCAAGAAAGUCUAGCCAUCCUCCUCCGCGAAGACCCCAGCUUGCACCUUUCCAUCGACGAAGAAUCUGGGCAGACCCACCUCGCCGGCAUGGGCGACUUGCAUUUAGAAAUCGCACGAGACAGACUGCUCAACGAUUUCAAAGCCAAAGCCCGGAUUGGCAAGAUAGAAAUCGGGUAUAGGGAGACGAUUACUACGAUGACGCCAACGGAGCCGUACACAUAUACGCUGGACAAACUCGUUGCGGGGAAACAGACGAAAGCUGCUAUAACCGCUUCUGUGGAAUCUGUGGAAGACGGGAAUGUAAUCCCGCUUUCUCCUGUUCAGAACCAGGUCGACGAACGACAAAGUCGGGAUAAUCCAUUCGAAAGCACAUACCCCCUCCCGGACAACAACACCCUGCACAUCCUCCACCCCGCCCUUUCAACCACAGACUCUGCGUCCCAUAAACAGCACAUCCCCCCACACCUCUCCCUCCCGGGUGUCUUACACGCCCUGCAAGCUGGUGCCAGCGCCGCGCUUGCUCGGGGCCCAUUCAACGGCUUCCCCGUAGCGAACACACGCGUCACCCUCACCCUCUCCGCUUCGUCACACCUCUUCCCCGAAACAACACCCACAGCGCUUUCCAUGGCUGCCCGCGCGGCUGUAGGAGCGAGUUUACGGCAGGCGAGUGAGGCGCAGCCGGCUACACUCAUGGAACCGGUUAUGAACGUGACGAUUUUUGUUAAUGAGGGGAGUAUGGGCGCCGUAGUCCAAGACAUCACCUCCUCACGCGGUGGCCAAAUCCUCUCACUCGAUGGCUCAGACUCUUCCUCCUCUUCCCCAUCCUCCUCCUCCCCCACCUCAUCCUCCGACUCCUCCGAAUCCCUCCCCCGCAUCGACCCCCACCUCAUCUACACGCCCCCCGACCCCUUCGCGUCGGGAACGGGUGAUGUGGGCAGCGGUCUGAGCGAUAGCCAGAGGCAGAUUGUGGCUAGGGUGCCGUUGAAGGAGAUGGUGGGGUAUUUGAAUCAACUGAGGGCGUUGACGGGCGGGAGGGGCACGUUUGUGAUGAGUGUGGAUGGGUUUGAGAAGAUGGGGAUGCAGAGGCAGAGGGAUGUUUUGGAGGGGUUGAGGGAGUUUUAG